ACUCUCUCUCUCUCUCUCUAACAUUUCACUUUCUCUCUCUAAAACAAAAUAAGUUUAACAUUUUUCUCUCUCUAUUUUUUAUCACUUCAUCAACCCGCAGAACAUGAUAAAAACAAAACCAGUCUCCCCUCUUUCCCUUUCUCUCUCUACACAGCCGGAAAACAACUGGUGAUUUUUUUUUCUCUCACUUUCUCGCUCCCCAAACAGAGUGCGAAUCAAAUGUGAUGGGAAGCGGUUUAUCGCACCUCUUCCCUUGCCUCAACCCGGCGGUGAACCGGGACCAACCGGAGGUGAUCUUCACGGCCGCCGAGCCCUUGGACGAAACCCUAGGUCACUCCUUCUGCUACGUCCGGUCCUCGGCUCGCUUUCUCUCUCCGACUCACUCCGACCGAUUUCUCUCUCCUUCUCACUCCCUCCGGUUCUCUCCCUCUCACGAACCGGCCUCCAAGCCCAGACCGCCCGGUCCGUCUGAGACCGGGUUCAAGGCGAUCUCUGGUGCCUCGGUGAGUGCGAACACUUCUACUCCCAGAACCGUCGUCGAGCUCGAGAACAUUUACGAUGAUGCCACUGACUGUGUUGGUGGUGGUGUGAAGCCGAGUAUCGUGAAUGGCUUUGAGAGUACGUCGUCGUUUAGUGCUCUGCCGCUUCAACCGGUGCCCCGCGGCGGCGGAGGCGGCGAUCCGUCGGGUCCGAUGGACAGGGCGUUCUUCAUGUCAGGUCCGAUCGAACGAGGCGCGCUGUCGGGGCCGCUCGAUGGGACCGGAGGUUCGGACGGUGGUGGUCGAGUGCCGUUCUCGGCCCCGCUCGGCGGCGUUUAUGUGAAGAAAAAGAGGAAGAAGGGGAUAUCGGGGAUUCGGAAAGCGUUUAGCCGGAAUUUUUCGGAGAAGAAGCGGCCGUGGGUGGUGCCGGUGCGGAACUUCGUCGGCCGGAAGGAGGUUUCGAAUGGUGGAUUUGAGGCGGAGGUGAAGAGUGAGAGUAAUGUUCAGUGGGCUCUGGGGAAGGCAGGGGAGGAUCGGGUACAUGUUGUCGUAUCGGAAGAGCAUGGGUGGCUUUUUGUUGGGAUUUAUGAUGGGUUUAACGGACCUGAUGCGCCUGAAUUCUUGAUGGGUAAUCUAUAUAGAGCUGUGUAUAAUGAAUUAGAGGGUUUAUUUUGGGAUUCUGAGGAAGCUUGUUCACAAGAAGGUGUGAAUGUAACUUCAGAAAAUGCAGUAAUUGCAGAGGACAAUGGUAAAGCUGUGGGUAGUGGUGAGGAAGUUCAAGUAUGUGGAAUUGAACUAAACCCUCAUCAGCCCGAUCGAGGAUCAUCGGCGAAGAAAGUAACAUUUCAAUCCGAACAGACGGAGACGACAAGACGGAGGCGGUUAUGGGAAUUUCUUGCCGAAGAGGAGCCCGAAGAUGGGCUUGACCUUUCGGGUUCAGAUAGAUUUGCAUUUUCCGUUGAUGAUGCGCUUAGCGUGAACAAUGCGGGCUCUGCAGUGAGCAGACGGUCACUAUUGUUAUCGAAGUUAAAACAUGGAUUGAUUAAGCAUAAGGAGACUAGGAAGUUGUUUCCAUGGAGAUUUGGAUUGGAGGCCAAAGAGAAAUCUGAAGUCCAGGAUAGAGUAGAGGAGGAGAGAACGAGCAGAACAUGUAGAAAGCGUAAAGUAGGUCCGGUUGACCAUGAAUCGGUUCUGAGGGCAAUGUCACGAGCUCUUGAAGUAACCGAGCUUGCGUAUUUGGAUAUGACCGAUAGGGUUCUUGAUCGGAAUCCGGAGCUUGCCUUAAUGGGUUCCUGUUUAUUGGUUGUGUUGAUGAGAGAUGAGGAUGUAUAUGUGAUGAAUGUGGGUGAUAGUCGGGCUAUAGUGGCACAGUACAAGUCCCAAGAAAUUAGUUGCAGCACAGGAUCGGUAGAGCCAAUGGAUGAUGGGUUGAACACGGAGGAUAUAGUUGAGGAGACCACAGAUGCUGGCGAGAGGGUGAAUAAGGUGGAAAAUGAGGCUCCUGCUCAAGCUAUGAGGUUGACUGCAUUGCAGCUGUCUACUGAUCAUAGCACAAGCAUUGAAGAAGAAGUCAUAAGAAUCAAGAACGAACACCCAGAUGACAGCCAUUGUAUUGUCAAUGAUAGAGUGAAAGGUCGUCUUAAGGUUACCCGUGCGUUUGGCGCUGGAUUCCUCAAACAGCCCAAGUUGAAUGAUGCGCUGUUGGAAAUGUUUCGGAACGAGUAUAUUGGUACUGCACCAUACAUAUCUUGUUUGCCUUCUCUUUGUCACCAUGAACUCUGUCCAAGAGAUCAGUUUUUAGUUCUCUCAUCUGAUGGCUUGUAUCAGUACUUGAGCAAUCAGGAAGUUGUUUCUAAUGUUGAGAGUUUCAUGGAGAAGUUUCCAGAUGGAGACCCCGCACAACACCUGAUAGAGGAACUUCUUUUUCGUGCGGCCAAGAAAGCUGGAAUGGAUCUUCAUGAAUUGCUGGACAUCCCUCAAGGAGAUCGUCGGAAGUACCAUGAUGAUGUUACUGUGAUGGUGAUAUCGCUUGAAGGAAGAAUAUGGAAGUCAUCAGGAAAAUACCUUUGAAACCUGCACAGAACAUGAAAUAUCUCUACAAGCAAGAGUUUUCUGUAUACAAGUGAAAUGGUGGUAUCCUUGAGCUGAGUAAAUCAUUCUACAAGGAGUUUGGGAGAUCCAAAUCCUGAUCCUUUUUUUCAUGGUACAUAUGAAUUCUUUCGCCUCAAAUCAUAAGAACACAGUAAAAAGAGGGAACUCUACAUGUCAUCAAGACUCAAGUUGAUGCCGAAACAUCGGUCUCGGGAUGGAAAAAAAUAGGAAUUUUGUAGUGCAAUUGAUGGGAAUUGCUCCUUAGAGGCAAAAAAGAUCCCUUUUUUUGUUCCUUUCUUUUAUUCAAGAUUUUGCACAGAUGAAGGCUUUCUUCAUUCAUUUAUGUCUCUUCCUUUCUUUUUUAUAGCAAAAAAGAUGUGUUUGUAAUUUGGUGGGGGUUUACAUUUCCUUACAGAAGAGAAGCAAGAGUCUAAUUUGGAGUUGAA